AUGAGUGAGUCCAGGCAAACCCUCGAUGAUACAACAACCGAUUACACGGACACGGAAGUGGGAGACACCGAUGGCACCGGAAAUGAGGAGGAAGAAGAGCCAGAAGAACCAGAAGAAGCAGAAGAACCAAAAGAAGCAGAAGAAACAGGAGAACCAAGAGAAUCACAAGAUCCAGAAGAACCAAAAGAGCCAAGAAGGAAAAAGACAUGGAUGGAAAAAUGCAUUAUGCGGGAGAAAUGGAAGUGCGACGAUAAGGCACUUUGGCGUAUUUACAUGAACGCAUUUAUGGAAGAUCAAGAGAAACUGGAAAGGGAUGACAUUUUCAAACGUAGAAAGCCGGCAAAGUUUCGAAAAUAUCCACGCGUCCGAUCGGAAGAGGAUUUAUCGCAUCACAAAUGCUUGCCCAUGAGUGCUUUCCGUGAUCAGCUGCAGUUACCUAAUAAAUUAGAUCGCAAGAAGAUGAUUCGAAUUUGGCGAAAUAUGCGGGCGAACUUGCCGGUACAAGAAUCAAAAUCGGAUACCAACAUACAGACUCAGCGAGAAGGAGUCGCAAGGACCACGAGUGACAAAUGGCCGGGGAUGUGGCCAUGCACCACCAGGGAUAUGGCAAAGGAAAUAUUAGAAAGAAGAAAACAGCAGAGAAGAGCGAAAAGAGACUUGUUUCCUUGCGAUCCAGGCGACGUACGCGACGAGUUCGAGGAUCCAAGCAAAGACUAUUCUGAUCGCAAGGAAUUAGGUCACGCUAGAAUUCCGCAACCGUGUCCUGCACCAACUAAGGAGUUGUUAGUCGAUCGAGCUGCCGGUGAACAACCUGGUUUAGUCGACGGUGAUUACGUAAUUUUCGAGUUACCCUCGAAAGCAAAGGGUACCAGGAUCUAUGCCGAUGUAUGUCUUCAUGGUUUGAAAGGAAUGCAUUUGCCGGAGCUGAGUGUAUUACGAGCACGUCGGAACACCUGGAAAUUCUGCUUCUAUCAGGCAAUUGUUGCUCUUCUGGCCAAGACACAGAUAAGGUACAAAUACGCCUGGAACGCCAACAUCGAUUACAUCUACGACCACGCAUGGAUGCUGUACACACACAUCGGCAUGAUCAACAUAAAGGAGAAGCAAAGACUGGACGACAUCGUGGUGUACAAUUACAAGUACAGCAUCGAAGUGGAGCUGAUUCAAGAACUGAACGACGUCCCCAUCGUGACCGACAUCCCGUGGGAUUACGAGGAGAGGAAUCUAAGGCGCAAGAUGGUGUUAGAACGAAAGGAGUUGAUGAACGUUCAACUGGAGAUUGGUUCCGAAAAGAUAACCGACGAACAACGGACACCCGUUCACAGCGGGAUCAAAGAAAUCGAGGAAUGGUUCGACAAGCUUAAAGUCCGUUAUCGCAACUGCAUAUUUCGCACCACACGGUUCUCCUUAGCAUUCUGGAACGAUAGCAGUUUUUGGUACUUGUACAAUCCAUAUCGAUGCGACAAGUUCGGGUACUGGGACGAUGACGGUUACGCGUGCAUCAUGAAAUUCUGCACGAAGGAGUCUCUUCGGAGACACCUGAUGAUUCUUCUGCUGAGAGCUUACGUGUAUGAAGUUCCAAAACCGGAGAAGCCGGAACCCGAGCAGAAACCGGAAGAGGCGAAACCGGAGGAACAGCCUAAGUUCUUCACAGUUCAAAUUUUCCACGUGGUCCACCAUUGUUGUCAAAUCCACAACCUGAAGUUGUUACAACGAGGUCCACCAAAACCACCCAGACACCUGGUGAAGAAGAAGACGAUCGACGACUGUCCGUUUGAUCCUUUAGACACAAGAGACCCGUGCACCAUCGAACAGGAGGAAGGAGAUCUCAAAGAAGCCAUCGAGAAACCGACAUGGUUGAAGCUGUACAAGAUCAUCUGGGCGAAGUGCAUGGCAAUUCCUCAGAAGAAGAAGGGUAUCAAAGACGUGGCCUCGAAAAUGCGCUGGCACCAAUACGUCGUCGAAGAGUCCAACAAGUUGUUCUCCCUUUGGGGCGAGAUUCACAUAACGGACAGCAUGUUCGAGAGGGAGAACCGUGGCAUGCAGACGUACGCUUGUUACGUGGUUUGCGCCGGUAUGACUCGCAUCAUGGCGCCGGAAUAUUGGACCUCGAAGAACCUGGACGUGAUAGUCAUGUGCGGGGACAGGUACUACACGCACAGCAAACUGGAGGCCGAGUUUAAGUCGACUAAGAACGAAUAUAGUCACGUGAACUGCUGGAACAGGUACCUGAUGAGCCACUUCAAGAUCGGCGAAACGAUGUUCGAGGCCAAAGUCCUGCCUGCGAUUUGCGGCAGAUUGUACUCCAAGACGUGCAAGUACCUCUGGCAGUCUUUGGAACAGAUGUUCCUGAAAUAUCAUUUUGGUAUUCUGACCUGCGAGAGCUCCUGUCUAGGGAUUUUCAAGUUCUGCGGCGCGUAUUACAUGUACGACGUGAACUCCUUUGGUCCGCCGUUGUAUCAGUACGGCGAAGGAGCUUCUUACUUGUUGAGAGCUACGUAUUUUUAUAAAUUCAUCACCAUCUUGGUGGUCACGAUCGGUUCCCCUGAAUGCAGUCAGUUUGCACUGAAUCCUAUCGAGAUAUUGAAGGUUAUCGAUGUGGGCCCGAGCGAUGUGCCUGUUGCGAGGGCGGAGAAGGAGAGAGGCAGAAGAGUAGCCAAAGUGGAGUGCCCGUAUGAUGAAGAGAAGAAGAAACAGAUGAGGAAGUGGAAGCAUAAGAGGGCGGAAACUGCGAGGCUCAUUGAUAAAUUGUGUUGCAAAGGCACCGAACAAUGA